AGUCACUUGCAAGUUUCAACUUGCAGCCGUCGGCAAUCGUUUUCCCAAUAAAUUGUUAUACAUACACUAUAUUCUAAAGUUAAAGUUAAAUUAUAUUCAUAUAGAACACCUUUUUAAAAAGUGCUUUUAUUCAAGGGAACUUCAAUGCUUUUUUUUCUAAGUGAAUGAUUACAAAGCUUAAUAUUUAAAGUGCUUAGUCCAGACCGGUCUAUACGUACUUAAAAACUACUAUCGUUGUUAUAUUUUGUAGAAUGUAGUUUCAAAGAAGGCGUCUUCCCGUGUUAUCUGAGUGGUUUACUAGAUACUAGGUAUGAUCAUUAUGGCUGGCACUGAAGAUGAAGUGUUGAGAGAAGCAUUUAUGGUUAAGAGGUCUCAAAACAAGAAAAUAUUUACUCCAGUGAACUACAAAGAACGAUGGUUUGUCCUCACUCGCCAAGUACUGAUUUACUAUGACUCAGAUGGCCCAGAUGUUACCUGCUACUAAAAAGUAAACGGAAAGAACGUGGUCGCAUUUCAACAUAUAUGAUACACACAGUGGAACAGGCGCAGCUUGGAGAACUCAGCAAGCAAGUUCCGGAAGGUGAUAACGAGAAAACGCCAGGAUAUAGGUAUCCCUUUCAGGUGGGUUACACGGAGCAGAAUUCUGACUAUACACUGUACCUGGCAGCACGCGAGCAUUCUGAACGUUUGAGCUGGAUACAUGAUAUAAGAACUGUGUGUAUAUCGAACACACGGCGUGCCCGAUAUCACCCAGCUGUCUGGUCUGCUCGUCGCUGGGCGUGCUGUGACGCGGAGCGCCGGUCUGCCCCGGGCUGCGCCCUCACAGCGGUUUGGCCGCUGCCGGAGCCCGAUUUGCAAUUGAUAUUGCACGAACCAAGUAGUCUUACUCCAUCGGUCACGGCGGCUGUCACGAUGCCCGGAGGAGGGAGUGGACCUCCAGGGACGCCAUCAGCUAAACCCAAAGAAAAGCGGACCAAAGUUGUCGUAGCUCUGUACCCUUUCAAGGCAAUUGAAAGUGGAGAUCUCUCUUUGGAAAAGGGUGCAGAAUAUGAAGUGAUAGACGAUUCGCAAGAGCAUUGGUGGAAAGUGAAAGAUGAAAAUGGGUCCGUUGGAUAUAUUCCAAGUAAUUAUGUUAAGGAAAAGGAAACGAUAGGAUUGCAAAAAUACGAAUGGUACGUUGGUGAAAUGUCACGACAGCGAGCUGAAUCUCUCCUCAAGCAAGAAGAUAAGGAAGGAUGUUUUGUUGUACGCAACUCUUCUACCAAGGGAAUGUACACGCUUUCACUGUAUACCAAAGUCACUCACCCCCAAACCAAACAUUACCACAUAAAGCACAACGGACGGGGCGAAUUCUACCUCUCGGAUAAGCAUUGCUGUCCGACAAUUCCGGACCUGAUCAACUACCACAGGCAUAAUAGUGGCGGACUCUGCUCGCGACUCAAGGCCACGCCCUGCGAUCGCCCUGCCCCGCCCACGGCUGGACUAUCGCACGAUAAGUGGGAGAUAGAUCCGUCGGAAUUAGUAUUAUUAGAAGAAUUAGGGGCUGGUCAAUUCGGCGUUGUACGUCGCGGUAAGUGGCGAGGAAGAAUUGACACUGCUGUCAAGAUGAUGAAGGAGGGGACGAUGUCUGAAGACGACUUCAUUGAUGAGGCCAAGGUUAUGACCAAACUCCAGCAUCAGAACUUAGUACAGCUAUACGGCGUGUGUUCAAAGCACAGACCGAUAUACAUAGUAACUGAAUAUAUGCGACAUGGGUCAUUGUUCAACUACCUGCGACGCACGUCUCCAGACCAGCUCGGCCCUGCUGUUCUGCUCGAUAUGUGUAUACAGGUGUGCAAAGGUAUGUCGUACUUAGAGAGGCAUAACUACAUUCAUCGGGAUUUGGCCGCGAGGAAUUGUUUGGUUGGAGAUGAAAAUGUUGUCAAAGUAGCAGAUUUUGGCCUGGCUCGGUAUGUCCUUGACGACCAGUACACGAGUUCUGGCGGUACCAAGUUCCCAAUAAAAUGGGCGCCGCCCGAAGUCCUCAACUAUACGAGAUUCUCCUCUAAAUCCGAUGUUUGGGCGUUUGGAGUACUGAUGUGGGAAGUCUUCACGUGCGGCAAAGUGCCGUAUGGACGGAUGAAGAACUCGGAAGUGGUAGAAAUGGUUCAGAGGGGGCAAGUGCUGGAGAAGCCCAAGGGAUGUUUGAAUGAGAUAUAUAAUGUAAUGCGAGCAUGUUGGCGACACGCGCCCGACGAACGGCCUUCGUUCCGCGUGCUCAAAGAAGAAUUGGCUCAAAUCGCUCACACCGUACUCGCUGAUUGACUGCGUCUCUUGCUCUGUUUGCUGCGUCCCACUCCGCCAGUAUCGCCUGGCAACCCUGGUAUUUCCAACCUCGGUAUACCCGGUAAUCCGGGUAUCAGUAAUCCCGCUAUAAGUCUCGGUAUACCCGGUAAUCCGGGUAUCAGUAAUCCCGCUAUAAGUCUCGGUAUACCCGGUAUUUCCAGCAAUCCGGGUGUAGCGAGUAAUCCGGUUCUCUCCAGCGACCUAAGUGCCAAUUUCCUCAUUCCCAGUAUAGGAAGUCCUAUAAUUCCAGCAACGCCCGUCAGUCCCUCGACCCAACACGCGCUUACAUUACCACGCGCUCGCAGAGUACACGCAUCGCCUACGUAAGAAUUACUAUUACGCAGUCAAAUUAACCUUUAGCUAAUAAACGUUUAGUUUGAAGUUAAAAUCUGACGGCAAAAAUAUUUUGAAAGCGCCCAAAGAUGCUCGAUUUUAAUAGAUGCGAAUUUAUAAACAAUGUUAUCAAAUGUCAUUUAAAAUUUUGACAAUUUACUUUUGGAGUACAGUAUUAUAUGAAGCUUCGCACGCUCGACGUGUAAUCGGAUCUCGUUAUCAAUUUAUUUCUUCAAAUUUUACUAUAGUCGAGUGUGUUGAUAAUUGAAUCUCAGUUAUGUGAAAUACGUGGUUUUCACAUUUGUAUGAAAAUUCUAAAU